GGUGUUUGUAAACUUGCCUCGGUCCCUGCGGGGGCAACGGCAGCGGCGGGGCUGGCACCGGAGAGUGAGCACUGGGGGAGGGGUUCUCCCGUACGGGAACACUGCUGGAGGCUGCGCCCGGCAGUUUCAGGUUUCUGAAACAGAUUCAGAGCUACCUCCAGAGACUUGAGCUAGACACAGAAGACGGGCAGGUCUUUAUGCUACUCUGAGAACGGGCAGGAACCCAUCAGAAAACUACUACUGAGGUUAAAGAGCCCAAUUGUUGGGACAUCAUCUUCUCUUUGGAGGGCGCUGAGUUCCAGCGGCAGCCAAAGGCCUCUCAGUAUGGCAGCAAGGGCAUACAGAGGACAUGGCAUGAGGCGGCUACAGUGAAAUGUUGAUAGUUUCCUCUGAAUCUACACUAACCAAAGGAGUAAGAAACUCUUGAACUGUUGGAUCCUGUUAAGUGAAGUGGGAGACAUGGCUCAGGCGAGUCUUCUAGCCUGUGAGGGCCUUGCAGGUGUGAGUUUGGUCCCCACGGCAGCCAGCAAGAAGAUGAUGCUGAGCCAGAUUGCCAGCAAACAGGCAGAGAACGGGGAGCGAACGGGCAACCCUGAGGUGCUGAGGUGCUCAGGCCAGGGUCACCGAAAAGAUGGAGAAAAGUCACGAAACCGAAAAGAUGACAGCACCACAGCUGAGGCUCCUCCACCAAAAAAAGUUAAAAAGAUGGUGGUUGUGGAGCAGAAUGGCUCUUUUCAAGUAAAGAGCCAAAAAAACUUUAUUUGUGAGCAGUGUUUUGGAGCCUUUAGAAGUAGUUAUCACCUCAAGAGGCACAUCCUCAUUCACACAGGGGAGAAGCCAUUUGAAUGUGACGUGUGUGAUAUGCGAUUCAUUCAGAAGUACCAUCUGGAGCGCCACAAGCGUGUGCAUAGUGGAGAGAAGCCCUACCAGUGUGAACGAUGUCAGCAGAGCUUUUCCCGGACAGAUCGUUUGCUCAGACACAAACGGAUGUGCCAAGGGUGUCACUCCAAAACCCUUGAUGGGCAGUUUUCCCUCUAGGCACGGGGCCCAGGGUGGUGGGAAGGAUCAGAAGAGCUUGCUGAAGAUGCUGCCCCCUCUGGUUCUGAUGGUGCCACCACCUCCCACACCUCCACAUGCCUCUUCUUUCUUCUCUUCAUGAAGGAGGGGACCAGGAGAGUCAGAGACCUAACCUACAUCAGGGGACAGGGCACCAGAGCCACAGCCCUGUAAAUAAUCUGAGAUUUGGGUGGCUGGAGGGGUUUCUCCAGCAGUUCCUGGGAGGGUUGACCAAUCUCUGAACCCUUGAUUAAGCCAUGGAAAGGGACUCAAGAUACAGGACCAAGACAGAACAGCGGAUCACACAGCCAUGAACUCCACAUGGGAGUGGAAACUGGGAAGGGGGUGUGUGUGAAUGGGUGUGUAUGUAUAUGUAUACGUAUACGUAUAUAUGUACAUAUAGAUGUGUGUUUGUGUGUAUACAUAUAUAUAUGCAUAUGUGUGUGUGUGUAUAUAUGCAUAUAUAUUUAAUCCAAAAGUGAUUUCACUAGAUGAACUGUGGACAUAGAUAACAUGAAGGCAUGGCACCCCAGGGCAAAGCAGGGACUGUGAUUGUCCUGGUCAUCCCCCCACAGAUGGCAUUCUGGUUGCAUUUUGCCUUCAGUGUUUAUAUGCCCUUGUACCUCACCUUCUUCUCUGAGGCAGGUGGGGAGCAGAGAUGGCCGGCAGCUGAGCUUACCAUGGGCUCUGGAAAGAGGUCCCUGAGAGCCAGGGGCAGUUGGACACAAACAAGAGCGGACAGGUAUCUCCUCUCCCCCAGUGUAGUAGCAAGAGUUGUGCCCAUGUGUGUUAAAGCGGUAUGUGACACAAAUACUUGAUGGGGCUGGCUCAAGUGCCUUUUGGAGGAAGCUAUGGAAGGAGGCCUGGGGAAUCACCCCCUCUUCUUAGAGAGCCUAAAUCUUGAGGGGAGCUUCCACGUAGCCUACUUUUCUGAUUGCCUUCCCCCAUUGCCACUGAAGUUCAAAUAAAAGUGGAUGGGUUGGAAGUUCUGGGUGCCAAAAAGUGGAUCAGCACUGUGCCCUCUUAGAAGUUCAGCUAGCUGCUGUGUCAGGAUUAGACUUGAGUUGGGUCACAACCUGCUGAAGAAGUAAAUGAAACUGGAGUCAGCCUCUUAUCUCACUCCUGAAAGGGGGAGGGCAGUGUUCUUCCCCUGUACCUACCCACCCAAGUCCUAUCACUGUAUUGAGAUAAAGAUGGGUGCUUCCUCACAAUGAAAGAAUGAGAGGAUCUUGUUCCCUCCUUAAUGACCCUCCAUGGCCCUGAAUGUGGGAUUGGGGGGUGGGGGGGGGCACAGAGAAGCGAGUUGCAAUGACUGAUGGAGCUAAUGUGGACUUCAUUGUAAUCAGUACUCUAAGUCCCACGUCCACUUGUUCCAUGCCCCAGAGUGUUUAUGUGUGCGCACAACACCUGUGGAUGUUUUAGAAUAUACAGUAAUGGCAAAUUGAGCCAAGCACCUCUUCUCUCCCAAAUCCAAAGGAUCCUUGGGAAACUGAGUAGCAUCUCAGUGAUUUUAGCAGAUUUGUAUAUUGAGGAUUCUGUUAUUUAACAGACUGAGGGCUCUGGUAUUUCUGGCCUAAGCUGAGAGCUAGGGAUUCUUGAACAAAGGCAAUUUGGAAUGAAAUCACUCCUUCCCUUAAAGCAAAAGGUGUAAGGAAUCCUCCUUGGGGUGCAGCAGUGUCUCUGUCCCUACCUCCCAUCUUAGUCUGGGGAAGUUGUGAGUAGGGUAGGAUAGGAGGAGGUGGGACUGGAUAAGAGCAGGGCUGAAAGAGUUUGUGUUCCUUUUGUCCUUAAACUUGGUGAGCAGGGGAGAUGGUGGCAGCCCGUGGGCCACUCCCUCUGUACAGGCAACAGGGGGCCAGAGAAAAGAAGGGGGAGUACUUGACAUCAGAAAGGGACCCCUGGCUUUCCAAUUCUGCGUGGGCAGUAUCUGAGGCUUGGCUCAGUCCUCCCAGUUUUCAUUUCACACCCAUUCCCCCUCCCCUGUGCAGUGAAUGAUCCCUGGGAGGGGGAGUCUUAAUGAAUGCCAGCCAGCUUCCUGGGUGUCAGGGAGGUGAGCCAGGGUCACCCAGGUCUAGGAUUUCCUUAAAUGUCCACAAUGGGGAAUUUCAUGAGAAGCAAGGAUGGAUUUAGAAAGAUAAACCACAGACAGCUCUUAAAAACUGGGAAGGCUUCUUCCCACCCUACCCCCUUGUCUUGUAAGGCUAAUGGCGGGGGUCAGGGGUUUUUUAUGGGGGUGGGGGAGAGAGAGGGAAAUCAUGUGAAUGGGUUCUGUGCUGAGGUGUUCUAAGUCAGACUGCUUCUUUGGCUUUGGCUAGAGCAGCUGAAGGAAUGGGAGGGAGCUAAUGAGUGUAUAAUAAGGGACCAGGCCAGGCCGGCUCCCAGCCAUCACUGGCAUGGAAGGGGAAAGCCUGUGGCUAAUUCUGUUGCAAUGGGUGCUAAGACUUUAGAGGAAGGGCUGGGUGGCUGGAAGGAGGGAGGGAGGGCUGCUGCCCACCUAGGCCUAGGAGCCUCACCUAAUGGAAGAAACCACGGAAGACCGCAAGGACUCCUAGAUUGAAUCCUCCCCACCCUUCUCUGUGCUGCAGAUACUACAGCUAGGAGGAAGGGGAGAUGAGCCAGUUUAUAGGGGAGUUGCUACAUCCAUGUAGCAUUUACCCAAAUUCCCAUAUCUUCUCCAGCCCUUAGCCUUCCUGUCUUAUCCACCCCAGCGUCUGAGGGUCCUAGAGACCCCCUCACCAGCCCACAGCGGCUGUUCAGCUACUGAUAAUGCCCCUUGGCCUGGUGGCCAGAGGGGAGCAGUCUCCCUGGCCCCCAACUCCCUCUUCCCACCAUCCUACACAGGCCUUGGAGCUUUUAUUUUCGUCAUCCCCUUCACCCUCUCACCCUCCCCCCCCCCUUUUUUUUUAAUACACUUAUUUUGCUAUUGGGGGGGUGGGAAGGGAGUAACAGAUGGACAAGAAAUUUUAAAUGGUAGUUUUUAUAAGAUGUUAUAAACUUGUAUCUUUUUACCAUUCAAAGUGCAGUGUACGUUCCUUUGUGACACAUUUAGACUAUUUAAAUAAAAUGGGGGUUUUCUACAGUGUCUGCCUUUCCUGGGGAGGGGUCCGUUUCAGGUUGCUUUUAUCCCUAUGAGUUGGGGAAGCAGAAUUGGGCAUCCCCUCUUGUGCCCCUUUUUCCACCCUAUCAUGCCUCCCCUAUGUGUGUACUUAAAAGGCAACAUCACCUGG